AUAUUUGUGAUUCGAAUUUCAUCCUUUUGAAAAUAAAUUCUAUAAACUAAAUUCUAUAUACGAGUGCACUUUACAAUGAAAGAAUGAAAAGGAGUUGCUCAAACAAAAAAUUGAAAAUCUUUUAAAGUAUAACUUGCAGAUGGAUAUUCUGAAUACAGUAACAGAUUUGCCUAAUAAUUCAUCCUUACAUAUGAAGUUUGAAUUUCAAAAUUAAGCCAUCAAAGUUACAAGGGUAUAUUUUAUAACAAUGUCUUAUCAACUGAUAUUGCCACUAGAUAGAUGUACGGAUCGUAGGAUUUUAUGCAGACAGGGAUCAAAAGUAUCUGUGUCAUCAAGGCGUUCGCAUCCAAGUGGUGAGCAAGCGUCUCAGAGAUCUGACAGAAAUGGCCGCCCGCCGCCAAAAAUAAACUUUUUCAAACUGGUUGUGGCGACGCGAGCAUGGCACAGGAUGGCGCGAAAGAGUAGCAUGCGCAGUGAGAAAGUUAUUGCUAAACCUACUUUAAAACUUGAAAACACGUACAGGACGGAACCUGAAGAUGGCCAAGUUUUCAUGCCAACGCGAGUGGAGAAUAUGCUUAAAGAAACAUUAGAAAGAAAGCUAAAACCUGUAAAAUAUACACCGGACGGUUGCCGGAUUAUUGCAACCGAGCUGACUGCUGAUAUUAAAAGCAAAGUCAAGGCUAUGGAAUUUCCACGUUAUAAAAUCGUUUGUAACGUUAUCAUUACGGAGAAUAAACGACAGGGACUAGAAAUUGCCAGUCGGUGCAUUUGGAACAAGGACACGGACAAUUUUGCGUCAUAUACCUACAGAAACCCGUCACUUAUUGCCGUAGCCAAUGUGUAUGGUGUGUACUUUGAGUAGAUUUUAACAUCUUUCCCAGUUAACCUGUUGGAAUCAAACUUGAGUGAUUAGCCUUUGCCACCAAUAUCGAGCCAGGGCAGACUGCAUAUUCGUGCAGUCCGACCAGGCCCUUUGUUGCAACUUAGGUUUCGUAUUUUCAUAUUGAAAACCCUCAACUUUCAAAUGGAAUGUUCCAAACUCAAAGCAGGGCGAAUUCAGUAGGUCAAAGGUUAAAACAUACUAGCUAGUAGAUUUAUAGUUAAACAAAUCCCUCUUUUUGUAUAGGUAUUAUGUUAUCUAAUUGAAAACGCCCCGAAUAAUGCCUCAGCUGUCUCGCACCAAAUCAAUCUAAUCUUGCACAGCACUGUGGAAUAUGGCUUAUAUUGCGCUGUGUAAUUUGGUGUUUUAAAUUAUAAUUAUCAUAUUUUCUGUACUGUGAUAUACAUUUUAAUAUAUUUAAUUUAGAUUAUAAAUGUUCGAAUUAUACUUUUGUUAUUUAAAAUAUAUUGAAAAGUAAACGUUUAUUUCAUUAACAAUUAUAAAGUCGUUCAAUAAAGAACGGUCCGCUUAAUACUGGCAAACAAAGGUUAACCGGCCAUUGCCACGGUUAACGUUUCUGCCUCUCAACAAAGGAAUUGUGGGUUCGAGCCCUAUUGGCUUGGCGGCAAUGUUUCUUCAUAAUUUAUGACACCAGUACUGGUAACUUUUAAGACACGGACCCGAAAGUGGUUCAAAUCAGAUUUCAACACAGUCGAGCUUAAAUAGAAAAUGUUAUUUUAAAAGGCGAAUGCUCCAAUUGACGUGUGUUUUGAAUGAUAAAUUGAUGAACUUUCUCCAGAUUAUUGUUUAUACUGUAAUGGGAUAUUUAUGUAAUGGAAUGUUUUUAUUCCUUUGAAAAGAGUAGGUGUUUUAAUUCCACUCUCGUGCAUGUGCAAUACUGUUUAUUUGUAGUAACCUUUUAAAUUCUUUUAGCAAGCACGCACGCACGCACACACGCACACAGAUCAGUCAAACACCCAAGCGCACUUACGCGCGCAUAUGCAUACAAGUUUUACUCGGAUUUUUUUACAUACUACGUAUUAUCUAUCAGAUGUAACACAUUUCGUGUACAUUUUUAAAAGACUAUUUAAUAACAAAUUCAGUUAUUUCUAACAGCACUUUUAAUUAAAUGUAAACAUAUGGAUAAAGGUCAAUGUUUUCGAUUUCUGUCAUUGAACUGCGGACAUAUUAUCAUGGAAAUACUAUGUUAACAUUUGAAUCGUGUCAUCAUAUUGUAACAGUCAAACAGAUUUGAUUUGGAGCUUAAACUUUUACUUAAGUCUUUUGUUAUGCAGUACUUUUAUAUGUUGACAUUAUUUUCCCACAGAAACUUUUAAUGACUGGUACCCUUGAAACUUUAUCUACCGAAUACAAACAAGUAUCUUACAUUUCAAUAGCUUUUGUGUCUUUCAUUGAUUUAAUCUUCUAUAAUAAAUCUUAUUUCACUCUGGUGGUGAGAGGAGCGAAAUAUCUUCCACUUAUUUAGUUGAUAAAAUGUGUUUAAAGCUAGCUAUAUAUCAUUAACGAUGGUCGUCAAAGCAGUUUAAAUCGUCAGCAGGGGCGCUGUGGCCUAGCGGUAACACAAUUUCUUUGGCCACAAAUACGGAUGUUCUGAGUUCGAUACAACGCAAACGACAAACAAACAAACAAACAAAUAAACAAACAAAAAACAAAAACAAACAAAAAACGAUAAAGCAAAAACACACCAGCAAUCUUUAUUCUGUAGUUAGUCGCCCAAUAGCCUUAAUACAAAGAACCGUACAUUGCUAACUCGAUUUGAAUCGUAUUCCUACGAAAGCCUAAAACUAUCAAAUAAAAUUUAAAAAGCGUAAAGGCGUUAUUACGCGAUUAAAGGCGUAAUUACGAGAAUUACGCGAAACAAAAGGCGUAGUGACGCGAAUAAAGGCGUAACAACGCGAAAAAAGGUGUGACAUGAGACGAAUGGCGUAUAACGCCUUUUGUUUUCCGUUAUAACGCCCUUUUUUCGCAUUUAUAGCGUAAUUGCAUUUUUUGUUUUGCGUUACUUUAUUUCUCAUUCUUACGUAUUUCGUUUCGCGUUAUAACUGUCAGAGGGUGAGAAAAAUGUGCACCCUGACCGAGACUCGAACCUGGAACCCUCGAAAUACCGUUCCGUGGUUCCAUCGACUGACCUACAUAUCCUCUCCCCUAAAUUGUGAACAGUUCUGAAUCGUGCCAGAACGCUUUUAUUCGCGUUAAGUCGCUACCACGCCUUUACUCGCUUUAUUACGUUUUUGUUUCGCGUUGUAAUGCCUUUUCAA